UCAUGUCAUUCCAAAAAAAGAAUCCAAAAAAUAAAUAAUCCAUCCUUCCUUCCUUUCAGGCAGACAGACACAAAUGGAAAUACCUAUAAUAAUACUACCUGUAAUAAUAAUUAGUCAGUAAAUAAUUUAGUUUGAUCUUGAUCAAAAAUUCAUAAAUGCUCAUGUUUCAAAUACUCACCAGUGCUUUAUUGUUGCGGGUAUCUAACGUGUGGGGAACCGGCGUUAUGUUUAGUGGAAAGAAAUGUAGCAGUGGUCGUAUUCGGUACCUUAACCAGACCGAAGCCGCUGCAUUGGAUGAAGAACUAUUCAAUGAAUAUAAAUUCAGUGUGGAUCAGCUGAUGGAACUAGCUGGUCUUAGUGUUGCCGCUGCAGUUGCGCAGUGUUUUCCUCCCUAUACCCACCAAAAAGCAUUGAUUGUAUGUGGCCCAGGCAAUAAUGGUGGAGAUGGACUUGUCGCAGCUCGUCAUAUGACCUUAUUUGGAUACAAUGUUGCUAUCUAUUAUCCCAAACGUACCCCAAAGCCUUUAUAUGAGAACUUGCUAGAACAGUGUGUUAAAUUUGGAGUAGAAGUUGUCACAAAACUCCCUCCACCGAGAGAUUUGAAGAAUAAAUAUAAUGUUAUGGUGGAUGCACUGUUUGGUUUUAGUUUUAAGCCACCAGUGAGGGAUGAACUAAAAUCAGCAAUGGAUGCUCUGAUUGAUUGUGGACUGCCAGUUUGCAGUGUGGAUAUCCCUAGUGGUUGGCAUGUGGAGAGUGGACCUGUGAAUGAGCGCUCUCUCAAGCCAUCUCUGCUCAUAUCACUAUCAGCUCCAAAACUGUGUGCCAGGCCAAACAUUUUGAAUGAUACUAAGCAUUUCCUUGGUGGAAGGUUUCUACCUCCUGAAAUAGUCAAGAAAUACGGCCUGACACUACCUGAUUAUCCUAAUCAAGAGCAAAUAGUUCAGUUGUCUUGUUAAAUUUUCACAUUUAAUGGAAUUUACAAAUUGCUUAAUUAGUUGUAUGUAAUUUAAUAUACUUCAAGGGCUUUUCAUUUAAAACUUUUUGAGUUGAGUCAUAACAUUAGAAUUUAAGAGAAUGUUGAUAUCUGGGAUAAUUAUAUUGUUUUAUGGUUAUUAACAAUAA